UCCUGGCCGCACGAAACACUCACCAGCAUCAUAUUGCCAGUCUUAAUCUACACCCCUUUUCCAUUUCUGCGGGCAUCGCUGUGGUUGCUUCAGGAACAGGAUUUGGUCGCCCUUGCGCGUCAUCCCCUCCUGUGCUCUUCCACCCUCCAACUAUUCCUCGACACCGGACUUGCUUAAUCUUGCCCGCUCCCCUGGCACCACCGCGUGAUUGGCCACGCCAGCAAGGAUAUCACUCACGGCCGCCAUCAUGAUCGCUGACCCGUCAAUGCCAGAGCGCCGCCCGUCGCCGGGCCUCACCCUCAACCUCUCCUCCAACAAUCCCUUCCGCAACAGAGCUGCGUCGCCCGCGCUCCCUUCGCCCGCACUUAGAACUCCCAAUAGUGCUGGCAGUCGCCCCAUUUCACGGAACCCCUUCCUGUCCACCUUCGAGGCAGAAUUCAACAAAGAGGCCUCAAACCCGCAAUUAAUUGACAUGUCGGUCUCACUGAAGGACUCUCCAAAAAAGGCCACCUUUGGCAAUAGCGCCGAGGAGCUCUUUAAAAAUCUCACUCUCGAUGAAAGCGCUGAGAAGCGGCCCGCGCCUCGCGGCCCGGCCCAGCGCAGCGGCACUCUCCCCAUCCAAAGCCAUCGCCCGUCGCGCUCAGAAGAGGAGGAACGGCGUCUGCGUGGUCCCGCCCCCCGUGGCCCGCCACGACCGCGAGGGCCCCCAAGUUCGCGACCGCACCACCAGAAUAGCCCCGAGAGGAGGGAGAAUCGGCGGCCCCGCCGCAACUCCGAGUCGUCCAUGAUCGACAAGGGCUCGCUAAACCCAGACGAAGAGCGUCGACGUCGAGAGCGUCGUAAGGAGAGAGAGAAUCGGGCCAAGGACGGCAAACCUCGAUCUAGCAAAAUGAGGAAGCCUCAAGGCCUGGACUUGAUCGACAAGUUAGAUGUCAGUGGUAUCUACGGACCGAGCUUGUUCCAUCACGACGGCCCCUUCGAUGCCUGCAAUCCUCACCGCAAUCGAAAGAAGGACCACCGAGCUCCAAUGGAGGCUUUCCCAGUGAACUCCGCCAAUAAUGCCCUUGGAGGUUCUGGUCCCGUGAACAAGAAUAUUGAUUUGGAGAAGUUUCACGGUAGGGGCACUGAAGGUUUUACGGAUUUUGCCACAAGCGGUACGGUGGAAUUCAAGAAGCGACCGGAAUUGGAGGCACGCUCAGUCUCCUUCAAUCCCAAGGAUCGCGGCGAUAUCAUUCACGGAGAAGAGACUAUCGGUCUUGGCACCUCCACAUUCCUUGAAGGUGCGCCCGCUUCACGCACCGCCAUGCAGCGAAGGGAAUCCGAGAACGAGGCUGCUGCCCUUAGCAAUGGCGGCUUGGGACGCAAGAAGUCGAUUGCUCAGCGAAUCCGCGGCAUCUCCCAACCUCGCCGUGGAUUUGCGGAUGGAAAUCCUCGUAUCACGUCGCCAGCAUCUCGCUAUGGCCCGGGUGCGGGAACUCCUGGUAGCCCACCACAGGUCCAGAGUGCUGGCGGCAUGUCCAAGUCCAACGAGCAGAAUCCAUUUUUUGACGAGUAUGAUGAUGCGUAUGAGAGGAAGGGUGCGACCAUCAAAGUUGCUGAAACAGAUACGAAGGACGGCCCUUCCACAAAAUCUCCAACUUCGCCUCCACCACGCAACGGCUUAACUAGAGCUGUAACUGCCGACAGCGUGGACAAUCCUGAUGCGACCAAGUCUACCAACGGAUUCCUCAGCCGGGUCAAGAGUCUGAAGGGAGGAAAGCGACCGCGUCCGGAACGCCCCGCCUAAAUGUCCAACCUCUUCCCAAUAUGCCUGGAAGUUUUGGAUACGACCGAAAGGU